ACACGCGACGUGUCACUAAAUUUUGUUUCCAUAUAAGCGGUGCUUAAUGAAUGAGGAAUUCAAUUUGAUUUGCUCAGUAUGUAUUAUCGGAACUUCUGUAUAAAGCUCUUCAUAGCCGUUUGUUUGGUAGCAGAGGCCACGCAAAACGAAGAUGUCUCCGCGGAACUCAGACCGAGUCCUCGCAUAUUAACCGGUCAAACAGCUGCAAAAGGACAAUUCCCAUAUCAGGUAUCCGUGCGGGUAAAUAUGCAGCAUAUUUGUGGUGGUGCGCUGGUGUCUCGAAAAUUUGUGCUUACUGCAGCACAUUGUGUCUACAACAUUGAUGACGAAAUCUUAAGUGUACAAGCCGGUACUGUGAGUCGCACCGAUGGCGGCGAAUCCCGCGCAGUUUCUAAUGUUAUCAUACACCCUCAGUAUGGUUUCGACAGUGAUAUUGCUUUGCUAUUGCUGGCAACACCAUUCAACUACUCCGAUGUCGUAAAAGGAAUAGCAAUUGCUGCUUGGGAUGUACCGGUAGGAGAAUCCGUUACCAUUUCCGGUUGGGGUCGCAUAUACGAAGGUGGUCCGCUCUCUACUCAGUUAUUGUAUAGCCGAUCACUGACAACUCUAAAGAAUGAAGACUGCGCGGCUUCUGACGGUAUAACUAAUCCUGGCACACUAUGCCUUCUUAGUCCUCAGAGAAGAGGUUUUUGUGAUGGCGACGAUGGUGGACCAGCCGUUUUCAAAAACAUACUAGUUGGUAUUGCCAGUUAUAAUGCAAAUUCUUGUGGCAUUGCUACAAAGGGUGGCUUUACUAAGGUGUCUAAAUAUUAUACUUGGAUACAAAACAUUAUUCGUGCCUAUAAUAAUGAUGAUUAAUAUUUUAUCAUUUACAAACAGGAAAUGUAAAAUAAAUUUUCAAAAGAAAACUUAUUUUGUUCUAA